AAGCACAGUCGGGUAGGCGAUCGCUGAGAGGGAACACUACUAGUAGGAGAUCCUAUGGUGCGCAACAGCCACAGCAGCAGGCAGGAUAGUAGAGGGACACCACGAAUAUGUGUGUACGAACUGCUGAGCAACAACCUCCCAGCCUGCUCCCCCAAGCCUGCCCCCAAGCGCACCAAGCGCGUCUCCGCACUGUAGUUUUUCCCAAGGCCAUCUCCCGGAAGAGCUGCUUUUCAUUUCAAACGAGCGCUGGAUAACGCUUUCUUUCGCAAAACGAACUGAAUUCGCGAGGCAGACAUGGCGACGAUAACAGUGCCCGCGAGGACUCAUCGUUCAACCACCUCCAGCUCACAAUGGUCACACUUCGUGAAAGACAAGAAAGUAGGAGAAGGAACCUAUGCAGUGGUCUAUCUUGGCUGGGCCAUUCCAGCGGAACCAGCAGCAGUCGAGAAAGAUUUGGAAGGCGAUGAUACAGGUGAAAGAGACCACUUGUUGCGGGACAAGAAAGUGGGCGUGCAAGCGGAAGGCAAACGGAGGAUAGCCAUUAAAAAGAUAAAGGCCGGUCUUUUCAAAGAUGGACUGGACAUGUCCGCCAUCCGGGAAGUCAAAGCAUUGCAGGAGCUGAAACAUCCAAACGUUAUCGAGCUGAUAGACGUGUAUUCUCACAAGAUGAAUCUCAAUCUUGUUCUCGAGUACCUGGACGCCGACUUGGAAAUGAUCAUCAAGAACAAGGCGGUGACCCUCAGCGCCGGCGAUAUCAAAAGCUGGAUGUUGAUGACUCUCCGAGGUCUAUAUCAUUGUCACAACAACUUCAUUCUCCAUCGGGAUUUGAAGCCAAACAAUUUACUGCUGGCCAGUGACGGGCAGCUCAAACUAGCCGAUUUCGGUAUGGCCCGUGAUUAUGGAAAUCCGCACCGGGCAAUGACUUCGAUGGUGGUGACAAGGUGGUACAGGUCCCCGGAGCUUCUCCUUGGAGCUAAGCAUUAUGGUUACGCCAUCGACAUGUGGGCUGUGGGCUGUAUUUUUGCAGAGCUCAUGUUGCGGGUGCCCUUCAUGGCGGCCGAAUCCGACAUUGCGCAGCUCCAGGUCAUUUUCCACGCCCUAGGGACGCCGACUGAGUCAGAGUGGCCGGGCAUGACUCAGCUUCCGGACUAUCACGAAUUCAAAGCGAUGCCGAAGAAUCCCUUACGGGCGACGUUCACUGCCGCAUCACCUGAUGCUCUAACGUUUCUGGAGAACCUGUUGGUGUACGAUCCGCUCAAAAGACCCACCACGGAGCAGGCGUUGAAGCACUUCUACUUUCGCAACCAUCCUCGGCCAACGCCACCAAACAAACUACCCCGAGACGUUGGUGGGGCUGGCGCCCAACAAAAAGCUGUUGCGCCGGACGACCCUGAAGCCGCUGCAAGACCAGGCAUCAAGCGAAAAGCACCCGACUUUCCCGAUCACGAUUUCGAAAUGGGGGGCGUGCCUGGAGCCAAAGUGGCGCGGAAGCUCUUCUAGGCUUUUCUUUUCGCCUUUUUAUUGUGACAUUUUUGGAUGAGUUCAUAUCGCCUAUGAUAGAGUGGGCCCCGUAGCUAGGCAUCUGCUUAGAUACCCCCGAUGGUUUGGUUGUUUGCGUUUGAUGUAGGUUACAGCGAUGAAGCAGAGGCGAUGUUUAUAUGGAUGAAUCUCGGUUGAUGACGGCAAAGCGGACGCGCUGUCGAAAUCGGCUUCGGGUAGUUCCGCCAACUUAACUUGCGCCAAGAUGUAAAGCAA